AUGUUCUUCAAAAACACUCUGAUCCUCUCCCUCGCAACCAGCGUGCUGGCCACGCAGUCGCACGGAAUCCGCUCGCACCCGCGCUACAACCAGCCUCGCUUCAACCGCCUCGACCGCCGCUUCACUUUCCCUCUCCCCGAGUCCCAGGGCAGCGAGACGUUCAGCGAGCCGUAUGUCGUCUCCGGAAACGAGACCUUUGACGGCGGCAUGAAGACGUACGGCCGUGGUGUUUCCUGCUCCGAGGGCGAGGGUGGAGAUGCCGACGCCGUCUUCAUGGUUGAGAAUGGUGGGACGCUGAAGAAUCUUAUCAUUGGCGCCGACCAGAUCGAGGGAGUCCACUGCGAGGGGUCUUGCACGAUUGAGAAUGUUUGGUGGGAGGCUGUUUGUGAGGACGCCCUCUCCCUCAAGACCGGCUCCGGCCCCUUCACCGUAAUCGGCGGCGGCGCACAGGGCGCACAGGACAAAGUCAUCCAGCACAACGGCGGGGGCACAGUGAGCAUCUCCGGGUUCACCGUGUACAAUUUCGGCAAACUGUACCGAUCCUGCGGGAAUUGCGACGAGAUGUACGAGCGGCACGUUACAAUCGAGGGUGUUACGGCUGUCGAUGGGAGCAGCACGCUUGUGGGGAUCAAUAGCAACUAUGGUGAUACCGCGACGAUUAAGAGUGAUACGUGUGUCGAGGGGGUUGAGACGGUUUGCGCGGAGUAUGAGGGGAAUGAUACUGGAGAUGAGCCCGAGAAGAUUAGCGAGGGGCCGAGCAGCGCCUGCCAGUACUCGGAUCCUCUGCCUGCAUGCUAA